UGGAACAUUCUGGUGGCCCUGAUGGAUUUAGAAGUACAUCCAGGCCACUGGGCCAUUUAUAUUGUUGACCCCUGAAACUGAAGGAAGUCUGGCCACAAGGUUUGGCAAAAAUACAUCACAUAGAAUCAAUGUAUAAAAUAGAGAGCUUUCUCACACAAUAUUACCUCCAGCAACUGAUCCAAGGUGCAUCUUCAUUGCAAUCACUGACGCCAACAAACGCUUGGCAGGACUAUCAUUUCUGUCACCCAGCAGACCAGUCUACUACAAAUAAAUAAGUCCACAAGUGGUGAUAAGAUGACCAAUGGACGCCAAGGUUGCAAUGGCCUUCUACAUAUUUGACAACAACUCAGACAACAUGUCAGAGGAGUCUGGAGACUUUGAAUUGGACUUUCAGGAGCCAUGCGGCCGAGCACUAGGCAAAAACUUCAAGAAGAUUUUCCUGCCGGCUGUUUUUGGGAUUAUAAUUAUUCUUGGCGUCAUUGGAAAUGGAUUAGUCGUUAUCGUGAUGGGCUACCAGAAAAAGGUGAAAACAAUGACAGACAAGUACCGGCUGCAUCUGUCUGUGGCUGACCUCCUGUUUGUCUUCACACUUCCUUUUUGGGCAGUGGAUGCAGCAAGAAACUGGUACUUUGGAAGUUUUCUUUGUGUGUUUGUGCACAUGAUCUACACUGUCAACCUGUACAGUAGUGUGCUCAUCCUGGCCUUCAUCAGCCUGGACAGAUACUUGGCUGUUGUCAGGGCCACAAACAGCCAAGCCACGAGAAAGCUCCUGGCGAGCAAAAUAAUCUACGUCGGUGUCUGGCUGCCUGCCACGAUCCUUACCGUACCUGACCUGGUGUUUGCCAGAACGCAAGACACAGGUUUGUCAAACUUCUUAUUGUUGAACAAUGAAAGCAUGGAAACGGGCGACUCCAGGAUCAUCUGCCAGCGCAUUUACCCAGAGGAGAGCAGCCUUACGUGGACGGUGGUUUUCCGUUUCCAGCACAUCCUUGUGGGCUUCGUGCUGCCUGGGUUGGUCAUUCUUAUCUGCUACUGCAUUAUUAUCACCAAGCUGUCACAAGGAGCGAAAGGGCAAGCGUUAAAGAAGAAAGCCCUGAAGACCACAGUCAUCCUUAUCCUUUGCUUCUUCUGCUGCUGGCUGCCUUACUGCUUGGGCCUCUUUCUGGACACCUUGAUGAUGCUCGACGUGGUCACGCCUUCGUGUGACCUGGAACAAGCGGUGGAGAAGUGGAUCUCAGUUACUGAAGCUUUAGCUUAUUUCCACUGCUGCCUUAACCCUAUCCUCUAUGCUUUCUUGGGAGUUAAAUUCAAAAAGUCUGCCAAGAGCGCAUUGACUGUGAAUAGCAGAUCGAGUCAGAAAGCAUCUCUCAUGACAAAAAAGCGCGGGCAGAUUUCAUCAGUGUCGACUGAGUCAGAGUCAUCGAGUGUUUUGUCAAGUUAACUCGACUGAACUUUUGAAAUGUGAGACUUAAAACUAAGCCUUAACUCAACAUUAUACUACAAUUUUUAUCUAAAAAAAAUACAAGAUACUUUUCACUUUGCUUGCAUUGUAAGUUUGGUUUUCCUUUGAUCUUGAUCGUCAAUUUUUGUUUUUGUAAAAACUGAAACGUCAUGUUAGGUCAGACAUAGAAUGCCUUUACUGUGAGGGGAUGUAGCUGCUUUCAGAAACUGUAAAUAGUUUGAAGAGUUUUGUGUUUUCGCACUUAAUUUGUGUGAUUAUCUGAGAGCUUUUAUUUAUUGUUGUCAUUCACACUGGAAGAUUUGUGAUGGAAACAAAUUGCAUGCUGCUGUUGGAACCUUUUUUACAUUUAAAUGUGUGUUUGCAUUGGUGUGUUUUGUUUGAUUUUUUUACCGGAAAAUAAACAAA